AUGGUUACAAAUCAACAAGAAUAUGAUGAGAAGUUACUCGUUCUUCAAGAACGUUUCCCACAAGAAUCGAAAGAUAAAAUAAUUCGUCUUUUACAACGACACAAUGGUAAUAUUGAUCAGGUUCGUGCACGUCUAGUUCAACGAGAAUAUCGUGUUAAUAAAUGGACUACACUUGAAACACGUUUUGGUGCAGCAGUAACGACAUUACAACAAGAAUUACCAUCAACUCAAUCAAUGAAACGUAUUCGUUUAUUGAAAAUUAUGGAACAUUUUAGUGGUGACUCUGAACAAGCUCGUGAUUUUUUACAAGUUUGUGGAGAACAACAUCAUAAACAUGAUGAAAAUUCAAACGUAUCUAGACAUGAAAAGCGAAAAGAAUUAAGAGAAAAAUAUGCUACUCAAUUAGCUGAAUUAAGUACAGCUGGUAUUAAUGUUAAUUGUCCAUGUGUACUUCGACAAUUGGAGAAAAAUCAAGGCGAUGUUACCAAGGUUAUGGAAAGAAUGUCACGACAUAGAGCAAAGAAGGAAAAAAUAACAGAACUUCAUGCAAAAUAUGCAAAUCAAAUUGCUCAACUUGAAACUGAUGGAUCAACAUUGAGAAAACAACAGAAACUAAGUGUUGAUGAUAUUGAGAAUCUUAAACGACUUCGUUCAGCUGGCAUACAUGGAAAUCCAAUGAAAGUAUUAGCAACCUUUCAUGAAUGUGAUGAAUCAAUUGAAAUGACAGUUGCUCGAAUUCAACAAGAACGAGAACAACGUCACCAAUGUCGAGAUGGACGAAAAUUACAACGUAACAUAUUAGCUGAAGCUGAAAAUGGUUAUAUAAAAAUAAAUAACCGCGAUGAUUGGCCACGUGAUAUCGAGCUAGUUUAUUUAGAUGGAAAUAAUAUGAUGUUUGUUGUUCAUUCUCUUCGUCGUUUAUGUUUAAAUCGUUCUGGUAAAAAAACUGAACGUGCUUUAGGAGAAAUAGCUUCCGCAUGGAAUGAACAAAUGCAUAUACCAUAUGUUGAACUUAUCUUUGAUUCAACACAUCAAUUAGAUCAAAUUGGUACAGUUAAAAUUUCAAGUGCUCAACCAAAAUAUCGAACAACUGAUGAUAUGUUAGUUGAAAUCUCACGACAACCUGAAAAUCGUGAAAAAAAUAAACGUACAAUUAUUGUAACGUCUGAUCGAGGUUUAGCAGCACUUUUACAACAUGAAGGAUGUUUAAUUGUUAAGUCAUAUAAUUGGUUUGCACAUUGUGUUAUGACUUUGACACCUGAUUUAAUUAAUUAUCAAGAAUUAACAGGCACUAUGACAAUACCAUCAACACCAGCAACAAAGAAAAUUCGUUAUAACUUCGACGAACUCGUUCACCGUAUUGCUAAUAUUGAUAUAUAA